CCCGGUGUCCGGUUACCGGCUGCCGCGGCCGCAGGAGCCGCCGUCCCGCGGAGCCGCGGCCCCCGCGCUGCCCACGCAGGUGUCACCGGCGGGUCCCCAGGAUGGCGGAAGCGCACCAGGCCGUGGCCUUCCAGUUCACGGUCACCCCCGAGGGCUUGGACUUCCACCUGAGCCGCGAGGCCGUGCGCCAGCUCUACCUGGCCGUCGUGCACUCAUGGAAGAAGCGCUUGGUCCGCGCCAAGAACAGCUUCCUGACCGGCGUGUACCCCGCGUCGCCCUCCAGCUGGAUGGUGGUGGUGAUGGCCACCGCCGGCUCCUGCUACUGCCACGUGGAUCCGUCCCUGGGGCUCAUCGCCCGCAUCCAGCACUGGCUGCCCCGCAGCGAGGCGCUGACCCCCCAGGCGCAGACCGUGGUCAGCACCGUGGUGUUCUCCACCGGGGCCUGGCUGGCGGCCGUGCUGCUCUUCCGGAGGCUGCUCCGCCUGCUGCUCUCCUACCACGGCUGGAUGUUCGAGCCCCACGGGCACAUGAGCCGCAGCACCCGCCUCUGGAUUGCGAUGAUGAAGAUCAUGUCCAUCCGCAAGCCCCUGCUCUACAGCUUCCAGAGCUCCCUGCCCAAGCUGCCGGUGCCCCCCGUGAAAGCCACCAUCACCCGGUACCUGGAGUCGGUGCGGCCGCUCCUGGACGAUGACAAGUUCCGGGAGAUGGAGGCGCUGGCCAAGGAGUUCCAGGAGAAGACGGCGCCGCGGCUGCAGCGGUACCUGCGCCUCAAGUCCUGGUGGACAACCAACUAUGUCAGUGACUGGUGGGAGGAGUACGUUUACCUGCGCGGCCGCAGCCCCCUCAUGGUCAACAGCAACUACUACGCCAUGGAUUUCCUGUACGUGACCCCCAGCCGCAUCCAGGCUGCGCGGGCGGCCAACGCGGUGCACUCCAUCCUGCUCUACCGGCGGCGGCUGGACCGGGGCGAGAUCCCCCCGAUGAUGGCCCUGGGCGUGGUGCCCAUGUGCUCGUACCAGUCGGAGCGGAUGUUCAACACCACCCGCAUCCCCGGAAAGGAGACGGACACGCUGCUGCACCUGGCCGACAGCAAACACCUGGCCGUGUACCACAAGGGCCGCUACUACAAGGUGUGGCUCUACUACGGGGGGCAGGUGCUGCCGCCCGCCGACCUGGAGAUGCAGUUCCAGAGGAUCCUGGAGGAUCCCUCGCCCCCGCAGCCCGGCGAGGAGCGGCUGGCGGCGCUCACGGCCGGCGAAAGGGUGCCGUGGGCCGAGGCGCGGGCGCGGUUCUUCAGCCGCGGCCCCAACAAGGCGGCCCUGGACGCCAUCGAGCGCGCCGCCUUCUUCCUGACGCUGGACGAGGACGAGCACGGCCAGGAGCCCGCCCGGCCCGGCUGCAUGGACGCCUACGCCAAGUCCCUGCUGCACGGCCGCUGCUACGACAGCUGGUUCGACAAGUCCUUCACGCUGGUGGUCUACAAGAACGGCAAGGUCGGGGCCAACGCCGAGCACUCCUGGGCCGACGCCCCCAUCAUGGGGCACCUCUGGGAGUUCAUGCUGGCCACGGACACGUUCCAGUUGGGCUACACCGAGGGGGGGCACUGCAAGGGGACCCCAGGUGGCAGCUGGCCCCCCCAGCGCCUGCAGUGGGACAUCCCCCCCGAGGGGGUGGCGGCCAUCGAGGCGUCGCUGCGGGUGGCGCGGGCGCUGGCCGAGGACGUGGAUUUCUGCUGCUUCCCGUUCUCCACCUUCGGCAAGGGGCUCAUCAAGCGCUGCCGCACCAGCCCCGACGCCUUCAUCCAGAUCGCCCUGCAGCUGGCACACUUCCGAGACAAGGGCUCCUUCUGCCUGACCUACGAGGCGUCCAUGACGCGGCUGUUCCGCGAGGGCCGCACCGAGACCGUGCGCUCCUGCACCUCCGAGGCCACGGCCUUCGUGCGCAGCAUGGCCGACCCCCGGCGCAGCCGCUCGGAGCGGCAGCAGCUGUUCAAGAAGGCGGCCGAGAAGCACCAGCAGCUCUAUCGCCUCGCCAUGACCGGCGCGGGCAUCGACCGCCACCUCUUCUGCCUCUACCUGAUGUCGCGGUACCUGGGCACGCAGAGCCCCUUCCUGGCCAAGGUGCUGGCAGAGCCCUGGCGCCUCUCCACCAGCCAGACCCCGCAGCAGCAGCUCAAGAUGUUCGACCUCGACAAAUUCCCCCAGCACGUCUCCAGCGGCGGCGGCUUCGGCCCCGUGGCAGACGAUGGUUAUGGGGUGUCCUACAUCAUCGCCGGGGAGAACCUCAUCACCUUCCACGUGUCCAGCAAGUUCUCCAGCCCCGAGACGGACUCGCAGCGCUUCGGCCGCAACAUCCGCCAGGCCAUGCUGGACAUCGCGGCGCUCUUCGACAAAGGGCAAACCCCCCCCGCGGCCGGGAAGUGACCGGGGGGGCUCCGGGGGGCGCUGCCCUGGACCCGCUCCC